AUUCCAAGAAGUCCUGGCUCUGCUGAAGUGCAUGUUCCAGACCCUUCUAUGAAUCAGUUUACACCCGAACAACAGCAGUGGAUGUAUCUUUCGCAGCAGACGCAAAAUUUGCUACCAUUCACGCAAAAUGUUUUCGCUACACAAUUCAAAGAACACUAUCGUAAUUCUGGAACGUCUGGAGCCGUUCCUAUGCCAGGAAAAACGUGCGAAGAAAUCGAAAGAGAACAAGCCUUACAGGCUGUGCCCCCCGAUCGCUGUGUUAUCUGUCAGCUGGCUAAAGUAGGCCAGAAUACAUCAUCUACGACAUCCUUUACAUCUAAUCCGUCGGUGCCUACAACUCCUGCUUUAAACAUCAACUGGCCGUCGCUACCUUUGGAAGGUCCACUCAAUGAACAGAAUAUUUCGGUACUGCAUAAGAUGGCUGAAAGUCUUUACUACGAAUUACACGGCUUAUAUCUGAUACCGUUCAAAAAAGAAGAAUGUCCCCUGAACGCAACUGGACAGUGUCCAUUUGGACUUUCAUGUUUCUUUGUUCAUCCGGAGAGGGGACCUAGCGAAAGUGAGGGUGAAAGUGGCAAAAACGGAGUGUAG